CACUCUGCACUGCAACCAAUGGAGAGAGUCGAGCAGCAGAACACCAAGAAGCCGAGGGUGGACGCCAAGUUCCCCAUGCGUAGAGUGAAGCAAGAAGUAGAGGAAGGGCAGGCAACCGCCGGAGCCGGCGCAAUGGUGGCCGUGCAAGUCGCCGCCCCGGUAGUGGAUCUCGAAGUGAGGAUCGAAAAGGCCAAGCUUGACUGCCCCCGCUGCACCAUGCCCUUGAAGCCUCCAAUCUUCCAGUUCCAGUGCGAGGCCGGGCACUUGGCCUGCGGCACCUGCUACGCCGUCCUCACCAAGGACAAGUGCUACUCGUGCCACCGGGACGGCGCCUACCGCCGCCACACCCCUCUGGAAGGCAUCGUCAGCUGUGCCAAGGUCCUCUGCCCCUACGACGUCUACGGCUGCCGGACGUACGUCACCUACCACGAGGCCGGCGACCACCAGCGCGAUUGCCCCUGCGCGCCGUGCCGCUGCUCGGAGCCCGGCUGCGCCUUCGUGGGCUCGCCGCCGAUGCUCCGCGACCACCUCAGGGACACUCACGCCUGGCCCGUGGACAAGAUCACCUACGGACGCGCGCACAACAUCCGCCUGCCGGAAACGUGUCCGCCGCGCCUGCUCGAGGCGGAGGACGACGGCCGCGUGUUCUUCGUCGCCGUGGGCGCGCACGGCGCGCGCAUCGGCGUGACGGUGGCGUGCGUGAGGGCGAGUGCCGCGGCGGGGCCGCGCUACUCCUGCAAGCUGUGGGCGAGCGGGAACCCGGGCGCGGAGACCGGCCGGGUGGAGAUCGCCAUGGCGGAGGCGGACGUGCCGAGCAGCAGCGCGGUGCCUGGCCCUGGCGACGCCGCCACGGCUGCUGCGGCGGAGGCGGCGCCCUUGUCUGUGCGGCGCAGCAUGCUGCACGGGAAGUCCAUGGAGAUGCUCCUCAGCAUCAAAAUUGACAAGUCCAAGAACUGAAUGCGGCUACUGGUUCGUCUAAUCUAAACGAUCAAAUGGGAGAUCGAAGUCUGGGUUCUUUUGUCCACGGUAAUGGCUACUUGUGAGAUUUGUAUGACUUUGGAAACUUUGGAAUCUUGGUGGUUGUCAGCUCUGGGCCUCUCUGCCUGUUUUAGUUUCUGUGUAAUGUUUUAGUUUGUGUGUAAUUAUGUCAGUACUAAAUCAGAGGAUUACAUGUAGUUUCUCGUGGUUAGGAAUGCUGAAAUUUUCAUCGGUUGCUCUAUGAAUUGCUUCUCUUGGUUA